AUGGCCGAUGUAGAUGAGGAUGUUGUCCAGACCCCUGCGACUGGGCAGGUCGAGGUCGACCUGUCCGACGAAACGCAGGACUUUCGUUUCCUGAACCACCUAAACUUUCUCUCCGAUGCCGCAUCCCCCAGCAUUCCCCGCCGUGGAGAGAAAGACUUCGAACCCAACCCGACAGAACACCAGGCCGAUGUCCUCUCCGCGUCGCGAGAUGCCAUGCACAAUGCGCUCUCUUUUCCACGCCUACAUCGUCCGAAGACUACGAUCAUAGGAUACUAUGCGCCUGGGGGAUAUGCCGCCCAGGCCGAGCUAGAUGCACAGCAAGAUACACAGCAAGCCAAACAAGACGAGAAGACCUCGGAGUCAACCCAAAAGAAACCCCCGACAGACGCCUCAAAGACUGCAACGAAACCCGCUAAUGUCUCCUCCGAUGCAUGUGUUUUCGUGCCUAACCCUAAAGGACAGUUCUUCAAGACAUUGGGCCAGGCUGACCGGAAGAAUCGUGUCUGGCUAUUACCAGAGGAGGCAUUAUAUCUGCUCGAGAGAGGUAGUCUAGAUAUCAGAUGGCCUAGCACGUCUGAUCCCGAAGCAGUCUCCAUUCCUAUGAGCUUGCAGGCUGCAUAUGCAUGCUUUGUGGGACACGGUGGGCUCACGCUUGAGCGCUUCUCUGUGUACACUGGUCUUAAGCGUCUUGGUUAUGCACUCGUGCGAGCUCCUGGUUGGCCUGAUGAAGUCGAGGCGACAGAGGACACUGAUCCUGCCAGUGAGCCCUCUCCACCAAAGCUUCACGGUCCCGGUCUAGCAGGAAUACUAGGAUCCCUGUUUAAAUGGAUCCACGACCCUCAAAAGACAGCCUCUACAGCCACCGGCCCUAUCAUUGGCUUUGGCAUCCACCGCCAUUACAUGGAUGUAUAUCGAAAACUAGCCAUCAUUCCUUGGUACGACCCGGUCACCGCACCCCCAUCAAAGCCCUCAGAUACGACACCACCUUUCCGCGUCGUCUUCCACAUCUAUAAGCCCUCAACUCCUUUCAAAAAGUCCGCUCCUCCGGCUCCCGAUUUCCGCGUCGCUGUAGUCAGCACUCGCGAUCAAACCACCAUGCCUACCCUUCCUCAACUCGGUGCAUUGCUUGAAAGUACACCACUUGAUCCUCCACACGGAGAGAAGAUGCAACGCAUGAUGUAUAUGCGACUGCGUCAUGGGUACCGUAAUGUCGUCAUGGCUGUUGUUGACCAGGGUGUCGUCAGCUACUUGCGAAUUGCUGAUUCCGCAUUCGGGAAGGAGAAGUUGUUCGAGAAUAAGGGUGGCCCUCAGGGUAAUAAGCGCGGAGGCCGGGGACCUGGUGGUCCGAACAAGCCGAAGAGACGUUGA